GCUUCCGGUGUGUCAUGGCGGCGGCGCCGGGGCUGAGCAAGGCCGAGUACCUGCGGCGCUACCUGGGCGGCCCCGACGCGGCGCCCGGCGGGAAGCGGCGCAAGCGGCGCAGGAAGGCGCCGGGCGGCAGCGGGCUGCGCAUCGUGGACGACGACGUGAGCUGGAGCAGCCUGGGCGCCGCCGAGGGCCCCGAGCGCGGCGAGGAGGAGGAUGACGAAGGCGACCAGCCCGUGGUGGCAGAAUUCAUCGACGAGCGCCCGGAUGAAGUGAAGCUGAUGGAGGAAUUCCGAAUGAACAGCAAGUGGAAGCUUUUAGGAGAACAGGAUGAAGAUUCCAGAAGCUCAGACCGGUCUCUGACUGUCAAGUCGUUAACGAGUUCAGAAGUGACAAAGUGGAAGAGAAAUAAAAGCUCGCCCAACCUGUCGCCGCCGCGCCAGGGCCGCCAUGGCUCACCUGACCCAUCGCUGCCGCGCUGGGGCCGCCAUGACUCGCCUGACCCAUCGCUGCCGCGCUGGGGCCGCCAUGACUCGCCUGACCCGUCACCACCGCUGCACUGGGGCCGCCACGACUCGCCUGACCCAUCGCCGCAGCCACACCGGGGCCACCAUGACGUACCUCACCUGUUGCCGCGCCGGGGCCGCCACGACUCGCCGCGCCGGGGCCGCCGCGACUCGCCCGACCCCUCGCCACCGCGCCGGGGCCGCCACGAUUCUCCCAAGAGAGUUCAUUCGGUGUCUGGUAGAAAAGGCAACAGAGUUGCAGAUGGGUCCUUGCCAGGAGGACGAUCUGUUCCGAAAACUGGCUUCCUGGAGAAGUCCUCGAGCCAGAGGCGCCAGGCUACGCCAGAUCUCUCACCUCCUCGGAAGAACCGACACAAGUCUGAGCUAGAAACAUCGCUGCCCCAGAGGAAGAGGCCUGGGUCCCCAAGUGGGCCCAAAAGGCCAAGCAGCACAAGAGGUUAUUCUCCAGGCAGUAAAAAGUCCCAGCAGGCAUCGUCUUCUAACAGGCUCCAGAGACAUGAUUCGGAUGCUUCGCCACCACGGAAGAGUGCCCAGAACUCUGAUUCAGACCUUUCCCCACCACGGAGAAAUCUCAGGCCAGGCCACUUGCAUCGUGACUCCCCUCCUGGUCUUGGUCCUUCCAAAAGGCUUCGGGACAAGUCUUCAGAUUCUGAUUUGUCUCCUCCCCGAAGGAGUCAGGCCUCUGGGAAGAAACACCGCAGUUCAAGGAGCCCUUCUGACCUCUCACCACCUCUUCGAGGACGGGACUGUAAAGGAUCUCCCCAGAGAGAGAGAAGAGAAGGCCAGAGAGCUAGUCAGAUGCUGUCCGGGGGAAAAGCUGGGUUGGUGUCGGCUGAUCUGCUGCGGCAAGAACAGCAGGAGCUCAGGAGACGGGAUAAAAGUAACAAGCACUUGGAAGAUGAAUCCCAGAAUGCAGCAACUGUCUUCCGAGACAAGUCAGGCCGCAAGAGAGACCUUGCCCAAGAGCGACUUGAGCAGCAGAAGAAAGCGGAGGAGAAGGCUAGCAAAGAUGAGCAAUAUGCCAAGUGGGGCAAAGGCCUGGCUCAGAGCAAACAGCAGCAGCAGAAUGUGGAGGAUGCAAUUAAGGAGAUGCAGAAGCCCCUAGCUCGUUAUAUUGAUGACCAGGACUUGGAUCAGAUGUUGCGGGAGCAGGAGAGAGAAGGAGACCCCAUGGCCAACUUCAUAAAAAAGAGGAAGGCAAAAGAGAGCAAGGACAAGAAAGAGAAACCCAGGUACAGUGGACCAGCACCUCCGCUUAACAGGUUUAAUAUAUGGCCUGGCUAUCGUUGGGACGGGGUGGACAGGUCCAAUGGAUUUGAGCAGAAGCGCUUUGCUAGACUAGCCAGCAAGAAGGCCAUCCAGGAGCUCGCCUACAAGUGGAGCGUUGAGGACAUGUAAAGCGAAAUGAGAUAGGGGAUGGAGCUCUUGACUUGUUUUCCAGGUGGCAACGAGACCUCUGUACACCUAGGGCCACUGCCACAGCUAUACAAGAUGGCUCAUUCUUUCCUGCUGCCCCUAGCCCUCAGUGUUGAACUGAACUGUCUUUGGGGGUUACAGCUGGUUUUCAAGGAGAGCUUACGGUGCUCCUGGAACACAACAGAAAUGGGGUUUCUCUCUCCAUUUGGGUAAAGAGAAGAAAAGGUUCCUGGGGUUCAGAGAAGAACUGCAGCUGUACCACGAGCAACCAGAAGACUUGCUGUCCCAGGAAAAUACAGCACCCAGGAACGCUUCUGCUCUCUAGGAAUGUGCUGCACCAGGUAGAGACAAUGAUUUCUGGCCUGACUCCAUCUUUUUUAACCAGUUGAUAUAAAGUCUGUAUUUAAGUCUGUUUUCAGCCAAAUACUUUUUCCCCCAGGGUUUGUUUCACAGAUCCCUGAUUCUUCUGCUGUCCCAAAUCUCAGGGCCUGUUAUGGGGAGAGGGGAGGGUUAAGAAAAACUUGUUUGUAGGCGCAGAAUUCUUUUAUGCACUAGGACUAUGAGUGAGAUGUCCAUGCAAUGCUAGCAAGUAUUUGCAGGUAGUGAUGACAGCAAGGCCUUCACCACUGGCUGACUUGCCUCUGGCAGAUGUACCUGGUAUCAGUGGUGACAAGGCCAAAAAUAGCUGCAUUUUUGAUAAGUUCAGGUGGCUUCUCUGUCUUGUAGGGAACGUUUAUAAUGCAGGCGUUUCUCCUAGUCCUCAUCUGAGCAGUGAUAGGCAGCUAAAUGUUCACCAGCAACUGCUGCUCUAGUUACAGCAGGGGGUCUCCAGGGACUGGUGGUCACUGUUUGGAGUAAGGGGUAUGGGUGGAAAAUGGUAUUGUUGUAUCUGACACAGCAAAGCCCUCCCCCCGCCCCCGUGCAGAAGCUCCCGCAGCCGGUCUAAGGCUACUUAUUAGUGAGAAGAUGCAAGUAAAUGGGGGGUUUAAAUGAUUUUAGCCCGGUGUUGUUUUCUUUUGGGAUCUGAUGGCAGGGAGCCGGGGUGUGCUUCCAGGAGAGCAUCCUUGAUUCCAUUAGACAGGCUUGGCAGUUGCUCAGCGGCCAUGUCUCAGCCCAGCCAUCUGUCAGCUGAGACCAAAAAUGUAAUUGUACCAGAGCAGACCUCUUAAACAAACCAGGCCAAGACUCUGAGCUACGGCUCGUGCAGAAACAGUUGGCCUGUUCCCUUCUGGAGAGAGAGCACCUCUGGUAAGAGAGGCCGUCAGAGUUCCUCUUUGCUUACACUGCAGAGAAAACGUGUUGAAUGCAGCCAGCUGUUUUCAUGGAAGCUGUCUGCGUGAUGGGAGCUUGGGCCUGGUGAUGUGAAUUGGGCUUUGGCCCUUCUGUGUGCUGGGCCUGGAGAAGCAGUGGGGGGAAACGGUACCACAGAUAUUUUCAUAGGAAAUGUAUGAACCUUGGGCAUCUCCCCUCUGCGAGGUGGUGCAGCCCCUUUUUUAUUUCCUGUGUUGAGCUGAUGGCUCGGAGCCUGUCUGCGGCUCAGCACAACUGUUGUUUAUUAAUAUGUUUGUGCAGUGCAGGGUUCCUUCUUCUUCUUCUUCUUUUUUUUUAAAUCCACAAGAGAAAAUGGGUGAAAAAUAGCCAAGCUGCAGGCAGCUGGAGGAAGGCUUGGACCUGAUUUUUUGUUUUUUUUUCUAGCAUCUGCCAUCACAGAGUCUGCAAUUAGUGCAGCUG